CACAAAAAAAAGGUGCAUUCUCCGUUCUCACGAAUUUUUGACAAUUCCACUCGGUUGGAAAAUUUUCAAAGGUAAGAGAAAAAUAAUGAUACAGAAAUUUACAUGGCCUAGCGUUGGAAAUGGAAAUGUUUUCUAAACAAGUUCCUGCUUCCCCCUUUUUCUGAUCAACCAACGUACAGAUCGAUGUUCAUGUUUCUUACGUACAUACUCUUCUUGCAUAUAUAUAUAUAUAUAUACUCGAUCCACCAGUACUCAAAUCUCCCACGCAUUCAUUCUUUCUUUCCCAAUAGAUCCAACAUGGAAAGGAAACUAAUCUGGUCACCUUCUUCACCAUGCCUACUUCCUUUCACCUUUUUAUGCCUUCUUCUGUGUGCCGCAUAUUUACAACCGACUCAAGCUGAUGCUGCAGCCGGGACGAACCCGGCUCCGGCAGGAAACGGUGCCCCGUCCUGUGACGUCAAGCUCACGUCUGGAAAAGACAGAGCGACGAUCGAUAAUGGAAUCAUCGAACUAACCUUGACGAAUCCAGAAGGCUUUGUCCAUGGAUUAAAAUACCAAGGCGUCGAGAACGUGUUAGAAACGCACGAGCCGGAUGAUUUUGGAGGGUAUUUUGAUGUGUCAUGGGACCACCCAGGAGGAGAAGGAAAGACUGAACAGGUGAAGGGAACGAAGUUCACUGUCAUAACUGAGACAGCAGAUCAAGUGGAGCUGUCCUUCAGCAGCACAUGGAGUUCUUCUUCAAAAGAAUUGGUACCGCUCAACGUCGACAAAAGGUUCAUAGUACAAAAGGGCGUGUCAGGGUUUUACUGGUACGUGAUCGUGGAGAGGCUGAAAGGAUGGCCAGAUGCAGACAUGGAUCAACACCGAAUGGUUUUCCGGCCAAAAAUAAGCAUGUUCAAGUACAUGGCCGUAUCCGAUGACAUCCAAAGGAUGAUGCCGGCGUACAGAGAUCGAGAGACCGGACAGAAACUGGCGUACCCAGAAGCCGUGCUCUUGACGUCUCCGAUUGAGCCCGAAUUCAAAGGCGAGGUGGACGACAAGUAUCAAUACUCUCUGGAGAUGAAGGAUCACAGGCUCAAGGGCUGGAUCUCCGACGACCCCAAAAUGGGCUUCUGGGUCAUCUCCCCUAGCGAGGAGUACGCCGCCGGCGGGCCCAACAAGCCUGAGCUUACCUGUCACUGCGGGCCCAUUUGCCUUGCUAUGUUUACCAGCAUGCACUACGCUGGGCUGGACAUGGUCACAGAGUACAGGAAUGGAGAGCCAUGGAAGAAGGUGUUUGGCCCAGUUAUGGUUUACUUGAACUCCAUGUCUACCGAUCAUGCCGCUCUUUGGAAAGAUGCAAAAACACAGAUGGAGAAAGAAGUGCAGAACUGGCCCUACACUUUUGUUGCAUCGGCAGACUAUCUCCCGCCUGCUAAACGAGGAACUGUUUCCGGCCAAUUACUCGUUGAUGACAAAUUCUUAAGUCCGACUCCGAAAGAGGCAUGCAAAGCGUACGUGGGUUUGGCAUUGCCAGGGACCAAAGAUGUCUCAUGGCAAUUCGAUGUCAAGGGUUAUCAAUUUUGGACACAAACAGAUGAAAAAGGAAAUUUCCUGAUUAAAAAUGUGAUACCUGGAGAAUACAAUUUGUAUGGCUGGGUCCCAGGUGUUGUUAGCACUUUCAAGCAUCCUGAACUUAUCACCAUUCAACCAGGAAACGAGGUCAAAUUAGGUCCAGUUACUUACAAGCCACCUAGAAAUGGUCCAACGUUGUGGGAAAUCGGCAUUCCAGACCGUUCUGCUGACGAGUUCUUCGUACCAGACCCAAAUCCAAAGUUCAUCAAUAGAUAUUUCAUCGGCAAACCAAAUGAUAAGUAUAGACAAUACGGAUUAUGGGCUCGAUACGCUCAACUAUAUCCUAAGAAUGAUCUUGUUUUUGAUAUUGGUGUUAGUAAUUACAGCAAGGAUUGGUUCUUUGCUCAUGUUCUAAGAGAAGUAAAGCCGGAUGAUUAUGAAACAACCACAUGGCAGAUCAAUUUUGACCUUCCAGAAGUAUGCCCAACUGGAAAUUACACUCUCCAAUUGGCAUUGGCAGCCUCACUGGAAACAAAUACAUAUGUUUACGUAAACAAUUUAAAUGCUAAAGCUCCAGCAUUUGCAACGGGGAGAGUGGGGAAAGACAAUGCAAUUGCGAGACAUGGAAUUCAUGGAACUUAUUGGUUCUUUAGUGCAGGUCUACCUUCAAAAUUAUUUGUAAAGGGAAAAAACACAAUCUUCUUACGUCCGGCAAGAGGUGGAACCUCACCAUUCAUGGGAGUCAUGUAUGAUUACAUUAGGCUCGAAGCACCUCCCACCCAACCAUAAACGUCCCAAUCUUUCAUUUCCCAUUAUUUAAUUUCUUACAAAUACAUAUUAAGUCAUGAUUUCUUGUUUUGCCAUGCAAGUUCGCAACAAUUCAAAUUUUUUAAAGUAAAUAAACAAUUGGGAUUCUUUGUUGUAGAAUUGGUAGAUUGAUAGUGGAUUGGAUGAUUGUGUUGAGAAAUGUCAACAAUAUAUAAUUGUACAAGUGCGGCUGACUGCUAUGUAGAGACAACCCACCUUCUGAUUUUGGCAAUGCAAUUUUAUCCUAAGAAACCAAUGCCCUUUUCCUCUUUUUUGCUUCCCCAACUCCCCAUAUAUAAACCGAUAACAGAGUUUUCAACCUCCCUUAGCACCUUCAUAGGCUACAUAAAUAAUGUCAUCCAAUACUGCAUGAUAUAUACUUGUGACAACUGAAGAAAUCAGCUACAUUCUGCCCGCAUAACUCAACAUAUUAGCUUGCCAUGAUCUUAUUCUAAUAGUUAUAUUGUCGACAAACACCUUGCAGUCAUUGGAGGAGAGAUUCCUAGUGAUCAAAGGAACCCCCAAAGUAUCUAAUAAACUUUUGUCAUCCUUAUAAAUAAAAAAGAGAGUGUUAACUAUUGAACGAACAAGGUUUGUACUAUAUAGAGAAACAUGCAUAUGCUAGCCUUUUCUAACUACCUGAUUCCCGUGUUUUAUAGAUCUCUCCAUUCUGUUAGCAUAUAUAAUUUGGAAGAAUUGAUUUGUUCAUCUCAUUUCUAUUUAGGUGUUUGUUUGAGACUUUCAUGAAUAAACCUUUUAUUUUUCCAUAUUUUACGUAAAGUAGUGUGAUAUGGUGAUAUGUUAGGACCUACAUGUAUUAUGGAUUGAUGGAGGCAUGAUUUGAAACAUUGAAGGCAUAAUUGGAGCUCGUACAACGAGCACAAACCAAAUUCACUGUUGUGCAAUGUAUUUUUGGCUUUGUUAGGCCGUGUAUUUUCCACUUUAAACUGGGCUAUGUUGUAUUGAAAUUCACUGGAAAUCCAAAAACUACUAUCCUAAAUUUUGCUCGUGAAUUCUAUUAAUCAUGGGUUUGAGUAGUAGAAAGCUUAAUUUUUUAAGAGGAUCCAACUUUGGGUGAGAAAUAGAGUCCCAACAGUUUCUAUUGAGAGAACAUGAUAUAAGGGGUGGGAAUGAGAAGAAGAAGAACACCUAAAGGAAGCUUGAAAACAAGAAAGUGCUUGAAGAUCUUAAUGAAGAAGAUGGAUUUCA